AUGGAUCCUGGGCAAUUUCCUGUAGUUUAUAAAAUUAUAGCUAAAAAAAAAAGAAGUACUGUUAUUGGAAUUGGAAUUGGAAUUUGUAUUGUUGUUGUUGUUGUUGUUGUUGAUUCUGUUGUUAUUUUGGCUUCAAUCAAAAUUUCUAUUACAAGUCUCUAUGAGAUGAGAUGUGUAACUGUAGAUGGAAGUGUAAAUUUGACUGUAAAUGUAAAUGUAACCAUAACCAUAACUGUAACCAUAACUAUAAAUGUAAUUAUAAUUGCAAUUGCAAUUGCAAUUGAAGUGAACGUUCUUAUUCGAUGUAGUGCAAGAUUAUUGUAA